CCCUCGCUGCGCGCAUCGUGAUCUGGUGGAUGCAGAGACGUGCACAGACUCGCAGGGUCACCUUCUGUCGCUGCAAGGGGAAAUACUGAAUUAUUCGCAGCGCACUCCUCUCGGGUUGUAGUGAACCUCGGCGGCAGCGGCAGCAGCAUCUCUGGUGAUCUCCUGCAGGGGACCAACAGCUCUCCCUCAGGUUUAUGGAAACCUGACCUCCCAUUGGUGGAGAAGUGCAUGAGGAACCCAGCUCGGCUGCAGAGGACAGGUUUAGUCAUUAGAGUGCUUUGCCACAUCCAACAAAAUGUCUGGCUCCUACGAUGAAUGUGCAGGUGUUGACGACACCAUGGACAGCUUCUGGGAGGUGGGGAACUACAAACGUGCUGUCAAGAGAUUUGACGACGGCCAUCGGCUCUGCAAUGACCUCAUGGGCUGCCUGCAGGAGCGGGCCAAGAUAGAGAAGGCCUACGGUGAUCAGCUGACGGCCUGGUCCAAGAGAUGGAGACAGCUCAUUGAGAAAGGUCCCCAGUACGGCUCGGUGGAGAGAGCCUGGCUGGGCGUGAUGACCGAGGCAGACAAGGUGAGUGAGAUGCACCAAGACGUGAAGAACAACCUGGUGAACGACGACGUGGAGCGAGUGAAGAACUGGCAGAAGGAGGCGUACCACAAGCAAAUCAUCGGAGGAUUCAAGGAGGCCAAGGAGGCGGAGGAGGGAUUCAAGAAGGCUCAGAAGCCGUGGGCCAAAAAGCUCAAGGAGUUGGAGACGGCUAAGAAAGGAUACCACAUGGCCUGCAAGGAGGAGAAGCUGGCCGCCACCCGAGAGGCCAACGGCAAGCUGGAGGCGUCGGUCACGCCGGACCAGCAGAAGAAGCUCCACGAGAAAGUAGACAAAUGCCACCAGGAUAUGAUGAAGGCUAAAGAAAAGUAUGAGAAGUCUCUGGAGGAGCUGAACAAGUGCACCCCUCAGUACAUGGAGUGCAUGGAGCAGGUGUUUGACCAGUGCCAGCAGCAUGAAGUCAAGAGGCUGACCUUCCUGAAGGAGGCGCUGCUGGACAUCAAACGCCACCUCAACCUCUCCGAGAACCAAAGCUAUGGGAAUAUAUACAGAGAACUGGAGCGCACCAUCCUGGGUGCAAACACACAAGAGGACCUGAAGUGGUUCAGCAACAACCACGGCCCUGAGAUGCAUAUGGCCUGGCCUGUGUUCGAGGAAUACAACCCAGACCAGGCCAGUGCUCCUCCAAAGAAGAAGAAACCAGACGGAGCCCCACCCACUCCCAGCACUGACCAUGUGGCUCCCCCUGGUGAUCGCAGCAGUGUGAGCAGCUAUGAAAAGAAUCAAGCUGUCUCGACUGAGUGGUCCGACGACGAGCAGCCCGCCGGCUACUCCGGCAACGAGAACGGUGGGAACGGUGCGAACAGUGGGAACGGUGGGAACGGGAAUUCGUUCGAAGAAGACACCAGCAUCGGCAAAGGUGUCCGUGUACGCGCCCUCUACGACUACGACGGCCAGGAGCAGGACGAGCUCACCUUCAAAGCAGGUGACGAGCUGAACAAGACCGAGGACGAGGACGAGCAGGGCUGGUGUAGAGGGCGUUUGGACAACGGCCGAGAGGGACUGUACCCGGCCAAUUACGUCGAGCCAAUCUAGUCCCGUGACUGGACAAGGACAAGCCAUUGGAGGCAGCUUGAACUGUCCCGUCCAAUUGCACCGCACAUAGCCAGAGACUUAAGAGCAACACAUCCCUUGCCCAACAGAUGCGCCAAGCAGUCUUGCCUAAAUAAAAACUUAGUAACGUAAAAAAAAAGACUAUAUAUCAGUAUUAUAUAUUUUAUCCAGCGUUUGAAGGUGGGUGGACUCACACAUUAAAAAAAACAGGAGCAGCCGUUAUUCCAGUAUAGACACACUCAGCUGUAACAUCCAGUCAGUGCGGGAACACAUUGCUUCUCUGUAAAGCUGCAGGUAACAUAUGAUGCAGCUCAUUUAAACUUGCAGUAGACUGCGGUCUGUUCUCUCGUGGGAAUGGGACGAUAAUAUAAUCAGUUACACCCAUUCGACAAAGACGAGCUUCUCUCACCUGCAUUGUGUGUAUAUACAGUGUGAUGCCAUUUUUUGUGUAGCAUUUCUAAUGCUGUGUGGUCAGUCGUCAUUCUUACAUCGGGAAUGCUGUGUAGUGUUAAAAAGUUCCACAGACAGUAUCCUCUGUUUUUCCUUUUUGUUUUCCCUUUUCUGUUUUUUUGGUUUUUCUCUGUGAUUUGGUCCGACCUCUUUUCCGGUGUGUGCAGUGCUAUGUGUUUUUAACUGUUUCUAAGCUUGCAUAGCAGCAUGUGCUAUGCAACAACUUGCAUUCCCUGAAUCCUGCAGCCUUGUGUGGGCUGCAACCUGAUGCAACACUUCAACUCCAAAUGCAGAGAGUCACUUUUUAAGCAUCACAUGCUUCUGGACAUGCACAUGCUUCCGUUUUCAUGUGAGGAAGCGUGUUGAUGAACUGAUUUUUAUGUUUUGUUUUUGACAUUGGUUCUUUGUUUUGUUCUUAGCAUCACAAAUCAUUCGACAGUAUCAUCUUCAUGCACUCCAUGGAAAUGAUACCGUCUCUGCAGCAGCUCUCAUUUUUGAUUCAGUAAUUCAGGAGUCACUUUAAUCAUCUUUACUGCUGACAGGAGAGAGGAGCGCUGCUUUCCCUCUGAGCCAAGCCGGAUCACUUCAUCUUCUUUAAGGGGGCCACCGUUGUAUGAGAGGAGGGUCUUGACCAAUGACCUUUUCUUCCAGAGCGAGGGGGGCGAUGGAGGCGUGUCAAUGUGUUACUGUGCUACAGACUGUUGUCUGAAGAUUGAAGCCUCUUCAACAGGACAUGAAUGUACUAGUGUUUGGGCUGGGAAGAGGUCAUGCUAUCUAAACAUGGCUCUCCACUGUCAGUUAAAGCCCCGACCAGCAAAAAGCACUAGUAAUGUGGCCCGUUCCCCUGCUGAGCCAAAGAACGACCCAGUACCAUCAACUCUCUGUUUUUCUCUCCAUGCAAUAACUUCACAUAUCACGUAGACACACAGCUUCAGUGAGGACCAACUUGUAGCUGCCUCCCAGUCCACCCCAAACUUCACAUGUCUGCAAAACACAACGCAGCGACACACAGUGAAAAGGCUCGUCACCAGUUCUGCAGGGCACGUAACUCGACCCUCACACGGCGCAUUCCAUUCUUCUCAAAUCUUCAACUUGCUCCAUAGAUAAUAAGAUUUAUCACAGGAAUUGGUUUUUCCUCAGAUGCUGAUUAGUUCGUCGUCUUGCUACAAGUUGCACCCAAAUCUCUGAUUAGACAAGAGAGGCGCUUUUUUAACUUAGUUGUCCUGGAGUUUUUCAAUUUCAGCGGAAAAGCCGACGGCAGAUGUGUUUCGCUCUGAUUCGACCGGUUUGGGUCACACACACACAAACACACACACACACACACACACACACACACACAAACACGAGAGGGGAAACACGUCACCAGCUCACAAGUUGUGUCUUAGAGUAACAGCUGUCCAGCAUAGCAAAAAGGACUUCUACCAUCCAACUGUCCCACAUCCUCGAUAUGCACACAGACACACACACACACACACACAAUAUACACAAUGCACACAAUACAUGCAAGUUCAAACACAUAAUCCACUUGACCAGGUUCAUAUUUGGGGGGGAAGACAUCUUCAUCAUCCAGUGUGUAUGAGUUGUGUAAAUGUAACAGAAAAAAAAAAAAUGUUUAAAGAAAAAAAAAUGCAAGUGAUUGACUAUUAAGACAAAAUGUAGUGUUAUACAUGUAAAUGUGUUUCAUUUAAAUAACAGCAACGGAAAACAUAUAAAAGUAAUAGGAACCAUAUCGUAUGAAUUUCAUUGCAAUGGAAUUGUCAGUGUAUCAUAAAAAAGCGUGACGUUAUCCCACGCUGUCAGAUUUGUAUAUGAUGAUGUAAUUUAAAGAUUAUAUUCUAUUGUAACUGUACAACUGUGUUGAGUUGAAAAUGAGACCUAACCAUGUUGAGGCAGUAAAAAGGUGUACAUGUAAAUGCUUUUUUAUGUUGAUGAUCUCUUCCUUAUGCACACAGGGGACAGCAGCUCACGUUGUGGAAUCCCCUAUAUUAGCGGUCUAGAAGAUGUAUGUUCAUAGUUAGUGAUGUACUUUUAUCUCCUAACUGGUGUAGUGCCUGUUCAUCUUGAUGUAACAAGAAGUUCAUUUAAAUAUGCAUAAAAAAUUAUUAUGAUCACAGAUAAUAUUGAUGAUAGUGAUGGAAAACCCGAAAUCAAAUUUGUGUGGUGGUGUCAAUAUUGCGAUAUUGGGUUUGAAAGGGAAACAAGUUUGUUGAAAUCGUUA